AUGUCUUCAACACGAAGUGCUACACGAACAACAUCAAAUAGUAAAACAACAUCUUUGAAUACUCAUCAUGCAAAUGGUCCCAGUAAUUCAUAUGAUAUAAAUGAACCGACAUCAAAUUUAAAUUAUCCAACUGGAAAUAAUGCUGAAUUUGAUACAAAUUUACAACGAUCAUCUUUAAUGAGAAAUGUUUCGCAAUAUGAUGGUAUUUAUCGGAAUGCUCGAUUUAUUCAUGCAAUAAGUAGUGGAUUAGUCGGUCAACAAGUGGUUAUACAAACAAGUGAUCAUGAACGAUUUCAUGGUGUACUUGAAACGCUUUCACCAAACGCUGAUAUUGUUUUAACUGUUUCACAUCGAUUAGAUAAUAAUAAUAAUGAUAUACUAACUUCACCGACAUUACCUAUUGAUAUUAUUGAUCCAGUUGAUAGUUCAUCACAUACAUUUGAAUUACACAAACGAAUUAUUAAAGCAUCGAAUAUUGUGGAAAUUAUUGCUGUGGAUAUUGAUCUAUCGGGCAGUGCAAAAUGUUCACUUGAUGAAAAUCCUAAAGUUAGUCAAUUAGAAGAUGAUCGUUUCAGUCGUAUGGAACAUUUCUAUGGUUCAGAUGAAAUCGAUCCUGAUACAUUAGAAGAUCUUGAUCUUGGUGAUGAUGGAAAAGCUGGUUUCGAUCCAGAAGAUAUGUUUCAUACAAAUCGAGAAAAAUUUAAUACAACAACUGAUUUUGAUGAAAGCAAAUAUACAAAUGUUCCUGUUCGUCAAAUGUCUACAACAGAAUUAAUAGACGUAGAAAAGAAAGUUCAAGAAAUAGAAAGAACUAAUCGAAAUGAAGAUGUCGAUGAAGAUGAUGCAGGUGUUAAACGUCCAGCUGAAUCUCAUAAUGCCGAUGAUGGAAAUAGUAAUAUAAAACAUAAUCGUUCGAAUCGAAACGAUUUUCGUAUUGAUACUGAAUAUAAUCCUUCGAAACGCGAUAAUUGGCGUGAACAACGAAAUACAGGUAUGAAUAAUAAUCGUCGUGGUGGAGGAAAUAAUCCAAAACAAAAUCAAUAUAAUUCAAACAACAAUCGUCAACAAUAUAACACUCGUAUAGCGCGUAAUAAUCGUUCAAUAGAUAAUCGAUCACCACAUGAAGGACGAGAUUCACCAUCACAACAUACAAAUGAAGAUCCAACACGUAAUCAACGAUUAAAUAGUGGCAAUUUUUCACAAGGCCAAACUUCUGGUCCAACAAGUCCAUCAACAACAAUUCCAGCUCGAACUAUUUAUCCUAGUGGAAAUCGAACAUCAGCAAAUCGAAAUUCACCAGCACCAUAUGCAGGUAGUUCAUCAUCACGUAAUAAUUCUGUACCAACUACAUCUCCACCACCAAAUCAACAAUCUGGACCAAAUAAAAUGGCAAAGAAACCAUCACUUAAUGAAAAACAAUCAAUGAAUGAUGAAUUUGAACAACCAAAACAACAACGUUCUUCAAACAAUCAGUCAAAUACAACUACACUUAAUCGUCCAUCACAAUUACAAUCAAAACAACAAUCAUCUUCCAAUAAUAAUAAUCAUAAUAAUAAUAAUAAUAUUACAGCAUCAUCAACACUUUCAAAUCGAGAUGAUAAUACAUCUAGUCAUGAUAUAACUAAUACAAAUCAAUCACAAACAACUGGAACAACAACACCAAAUUCAAUGAAACCCAAUCCAUCUUUAAAUCCUGAAGCAGAUGAAUUUGUUCCUGUCUUUCCACGUGAAACUAAUUCUCGACCAGAAUCACGUGAUGCAUCAACAGCAAGUUCUCUAUCAAUGAAUGGAUAUAUUCAGCAUGUUCAUCCUCAAGCCAUUCAUCUUUUACAACAACAACAACAACAGCAACAGCAACAACAUCAGCAGCAACAAAUUUCAUCGCAAUCAACACAACCAAUUAUGACAGCAACGCAUGCACAAAAUGCUGCAGCUUUAUAUCAACAAUAUUAUCAAACACCAUUUGCUAAUAUGCAACAAUUUAUUAAUGCUGCACCACAACAAAUGACUGUUGGAGUAAUGGGUGCACCAAUGAUGCCAUCACAACCAUUAAUUGGAGCUGGACCAAAUACAAAUAAUUCAAAUAAUGGCAGUUCAAGUGGAAUGACAACACCUAAUAGUUCAGUUAGUGCUGGUCCAACUUAUAAAAUAAAUAAUAAUAACAAUAAUAAUAAUAAUCAAACACAUAGUACAGAUAAUGGUAAUGGUGGAGUAAAUAAUGUAGCAUCAAAGAAAGCUGUUGUCUCUGUUCAACGUCCGGAACAAUCAAAUAUUCCUCAACAACAACAGCAACAAAUGUCAGGUGCUCCACAAAUGAUAUAUCCAGCUCCACCAAUUCGAUAUUAUUCACCUGAUUAUAUGACACAAUCAGCUAAUCCACAAUCUAUGCAAUUGCAACAGAUUCCAUUUUAUUAUCCAGUGAAUGCAUCAGGUUUAAUUCAAGCAACUGCGGGUGUUGGUCAACCUCAAAAUAUUAUGAUUCCAUCAGCUAGUUCUUCAACAGGACAAGCAUCAUCAGGUUUACCUCCACUUCAUUAUACAAGUGUUUAUGCAGAUCCACGCAUGUACAGUUUAUAUUCAUCAGCAGCUAUGAAUCCUAAUUGGCAAUUAGCACGAUCACCUCCUCAACAACAACAACAACAACAACAACAACAAUCAACAGAUCAACAACGUGGUUACAAUAAUGGACAAAAUGUUACAUCUCAACAAGGCUCAUCAACUGGUGCAUCUAAUAUUAGUGGUCGAUCAGCAUCGACAUCUGGUCCAUCAAGUCAAACUAGUGUAGGACCUUCAAUUACACCACAAUAUACAUUAAAUGGAACUUUACCAGCUGGUUAUGCUUAUGGUGCACCAACUGGAUGGAUUGCUGGUCCACAACAAGUUCCAUCACCUCAAACAAAUAUAACUCCGCAAAUCAAUCCUGCAUAUAAUGUUAUAUAUGAUCCUUCUCAACAAGGACAAUCACAACAACCAACAUAUGUCCAUUCAAAUUCUUAUGAAGCACCUGCUUAUUUUACUCAACAAUCGCAACAACAACAGCAACAGCAGCAGCAACAACAACAACAACAACAACAACAACAACAACAACAACAACAACAACCGCCUUCUCAACAAAACUUAGAUCCAGUACCGCAAGGCAAUUAUAAUCGUUAA